AUGCCACCGGGAACUUUCAGUAAAGAUGAUCAGUAUGCUAGGAGACGCUGGAGGCAAAGUGGCUCAAUUGAGAAGAGAGAGGUUCGACAGUUCCAGUUUAUGGCCUGGCCUGACCAUGGAGUGCCUGAGUAUCCCACCCCAACACUCGCCUUUCUAUGCAGAGUCAAGGCCUGUAAUCCUCCAGAGGCUGGGCCCAUGGUGGUCCACUGCAGUGCUGGCGUGGGCCGAACAGGCUGCUUCAUUGUGAUCGAAGCAAUGCUGGAGAGGAUGAAACACGAAAAGUCUGUGGACAUUUACGGUCAUGUGACAUGCAUGCGAGCUCAGAGGAAUUACAUGGUGCAGACUGAGGAUCAGUACAUAUUCAUCCAUGAGGCCCUGCUGGAGGCUGCAACAUGUGGAAACACAGAAGUCCCUGCCCGAAACCUAUACACCCACAUCCAGAAGCUCUCCCAGAUCCCUCCUGGAGAGACUGUCACCACCAUGGAACUGGAGUUUAAGAAACUGGCCAACUCUAAACCACAUACCUCAAGAUUAAUUUGUGCCAACCUGCCAUGUAACAAAUUCAAGAACCGCCUGGUGAACAUCAUGCCUUUUGAGUCCACCCGCAUCUGCCUGCAGCCAAUCAGAGGAGUGGAGGGCUCCGACUACAUCAAUGCCAGCUUCAUUGAUGGAUACAGGCAGCAGAAAGCGUACAUGGCCACCCAGGGCCCCUUAGCCGAGACCACAGAGGACUUCUGGAGAAUGCUGUGGGAACACAACUCCACCAUUGUAGUCAUGCUCACCAAAUUGCGCAAGAUGGGACAGGAAAAAUGCCAUCAGUACUGGCCUGCUGAGCGCUCUGCACGCUACCAGUAUUUUGUUGUGGACCCCAUGGCUGAGUACAACAUGCCUCAGUACAUCCUGAGAGAGUUCAAAGUCACAGAUGCCAGGGAUGGUCAGUCAAGGACCAUCAGGCAGUUUCAGUUCACUGACUGGCCAGAGCAAGGAGUGCCAAAAACCGUGGAAGGAUUCAUAGACUUCAUCGGCCAAGUCCAUAAAACUAAAGAGCAAUUUGGACAAGAUGGACCAAUUACUGUCCACUGCAGUGCUGGUGUUGGGAGGACUGGGGUGUUCAUCACCCUGAGCAUCAUCUUGGAGAGGAUGAGGUACGAGGGAGUGGUCGACCUGUUCCAGACUGUCAAAACACUCCGAACUCAGAGGCCAGCCAUGGUGCAGACAGAGGAACAGUACCAACUGUGCUAUCGGGCUGCUUUGGAGUACCUGGGAAGCUUUGAUCACUAUGCAACAUAACCCCACCCUGAGAGACACCCUCAAAAGGGUUUUGUCUCCUCUGAGCCAUGUCCACUCAGCUCCAUCAGUCUCUGAGGCCUGAUGAGAAGGCUACAGUCCAAGGAGAACUGACAAGGAGGUGACCACAC